CAAGGUCAGUCUGGCGUCGCUCAAAGGUCGUCCACAAGUUGUAGUCUCACUGCUUGUGAUGUUUUCUUGUAGCCUUGUUGACGUCACAGUUACCAGCCCAAGCUUUGUUGAUAUGGAAAUGUUCUACUUAUGGGUACAUGGACGAACUAUUUCUCAGGCUUGCACAAUCAUGGCCCAAUCGCCUUCAGUAGAGGAGUAUGGUAUGACAAACGAUAUGUUGGCCGCACAUGUCAGAGACCACUUUGCUCAAUUCACACUUUUGGAAUCAGGUUUACGACAUCCGAAUUCUUUCAUGCAAGAUUGUGCAUACCACCAGCUUACACCAGAAACUCGCAAACAAUUGAUUCACUUAUACUAUUCCCUUGAUGAGAGUUUUUUACGUGAAUUUGUUGGCAGAAGGUUAUCAAAUAAAUCCCGACGGGAAUUAUCUGAUAUUGCAGAAAGAUGUGAACUUCAACUAAGGAGUUGUAAAAGGCAGUUUGAUAAUUUGUCGUGUGUCGCCCGCCGCACUGAAGAUUUACCUGGUCCACUAACAGAUAAUAUAAAGAAUUGUUUUCUUCUACCAGAAUGGCUUGCCGAAUGUUAUGCCGCUGUUAUAUUUAUUGCAAGUAACAGGUUUGAAACGUCUAAGAAGUGUCUUUCAUGUCUUACUUUUGAGAACUUGGCAUACUGUGCAGGUCAGCUAAUGACUCAUUGGUCAACUAGUGGUAAAGAUCAGAAAGGUGAAACGGUUGUCAGUAUUGAUUUGGACCUUCAAUUUUUUCAUGAUCUUAAAGAAUGUAAACCACUGAUUGAGAAAAAAGAAUAUUUAGAUAAGCAUAAACUACUUGUUAUUCGCAAUCUCUCUGAAAUUCAAGCAAAAAUCAUUUUAACAAAUUUAGACUCCAACUUCAAACCUAUCUCCAAAGCAGUGAUAAAUUUAGCCUGUGGUCUAAGCCACGCCCGAGAAAUGCGAAAUUUUUUCUUGGACAUUGUUGAAAAGGUAUUUUUAAAUUCUAAAUCAUUGAAUUAUUGAUGUUCUGUAGUAGUUGCAUCAUAUAUACAUUACAUUUUUACAAAUAAUAAAUUAUGUACUGAAAAGGUCUGAUAGUAGUAGCACUUCUCAUACGAAACGUGUUGUGCCACACAACCCUAUGAAAUGGUUAAUGGGCAGUUUGAUCACUUCAAAGUUUCUCUCGUAUUAUCGCCUUUUGGGAAAUGCUGCAGCGGAGUUUCAAAAAACAUCCUCAACUUUCCUCACUAUAUGGACACGUUUCAUCAUUCCAUUUUCGAAUUGUGUAAUCCACUUAUAUCAUAAUUAAUCUAUGUGAAUAAAAACAAUAAUUCACAAUAAUUUCUAUGCCGCAACAACAAUUACCAUUAUAGGAUAAAUCGAGUUCAUUCCAUGUCGUAUGCUGUAAUUCUCUCAUGUAUCAAUAGAUAAAAUGUUUUACAUUGUAGCUAUAUGUGUAUGAAGUCAUUUAGUUCACCACUAAAAUAUAGUUGUAAAUACUUAUAGCUUCUUUUAAUGUGAAGUCUUUAAUCGCUGAUUUCCGAUCAGAAGAGACCAUUGACAUGCAGUCAUGCUGUACUUGCAAUAGUACGUACUUUGGAAUAUCAUAGAGACUUAUCUAAAAGAACCUCGGGAUAUACGCCGAAUAAUUUGGUCGUGAAUUGCUCCAAACUACCUGGUGGUGUCAUAGGAAGACAUAAAUUGGACACUGAUCAUCCAGUAAAUCCUGAUAAUACCUUCCAUGUGAUAAAUAUACAGGACUAUUUCAGAGUCCUACUUAUGCAGAAGGCGCUGUUGUCAGGAGUCUCAAUAUGAAUUUGUGUGUACAAAAGGUACUUGUGGUUUACUUGACACUCGAGGUGACCGUUUUGCUGAUAACCUUCCCUUCCAUUUUUCCUCUCUCAUCUUUGAAGAUAUUUUAAACUGUCAGCAAUUUCUUAAAUCUGCUUAGUUUGCCUAACCACACUUUCAUUUGAUCACAGUAACGCAUUUAUUGUUCAUUUUAGUCAUUUUCAUUCCUGAUUUGUGGUUAUUACAACUGGUCUUGUUAUUUUAGCACUAUUCGAUAAAAUGUUUGACCUCUUAUCUACUUAGUAUUUUGUUUUUGCAUAUCCUCUUCAACUAUUAUUGUCAUUAUUAGUGUUAUUAUCACCAUUAUUCUGAUCACUUUUACAAUUGAUUUUCGGUUGUUACCAUCGAUUUCAUCGUUCUGUUUACUGUAAUCAUAAAAAUUUGUACUUACUUUUCCUGCCCAUUCGCGUUAUAUCCUUCCCCUCACUGAAUCUGUCUUGAACGAGAAUACAAGCGGAGACAAUCGAAUGUAUUUGAAUACAAAAUAACAGAACAUCUUAGUAAAAUCUGAGAACCAUACAGUAAACAAUUCAUUUGAAAAAUGUCCAUCAAUUGUCCCAAACUUUAAUGUCCCUUUAUUUUUGUACAAAUCAUUCUUUGGUCUCGUUCUCUUUUCUUCGAUCUUCUCAACCUACUGCCGCCAGGUAUUCCACUUUCCAUUGAUGAUACAUACUACUUAUAUCUGUCAACAUCAGCAGCACACACCACAAUCCAUUCACGUAUAAACUGGACUUGUACGAAUAGGGUAAGUAUUUAUAAUUAUUCUUCAUUGAUGAACUAAUUAACUUCAUACAUAUUACACACAUGGUUACAAUGUAAAAUAUUUUAUCUAUUGAUACAAAUCAGUGGGUACGUGAGAGAAUUAGAGCACGUUAAAUGACAUGAGCUAAAUUCAUUUCGGAAUAUUGAUUGUUCUUCAUGUAUAAAUGGUUAUUGGUGGAACUUAUUGCGUAGAACAAUAACUUUGAUCAAUAUUUUUUCAAUAUUUGUACUUUACUAAUUGUUUUGUGAAUUUCGUAAAUUAUCUGUGAUAAUAAAACAAUUUUUUCUUUAUCUUAAAUUUCUGUUUGAUCUUAGAAUAUAUUGGUCAAUAGAAAUAUUCUUGUUUAGUGUAUAAAAAGAGGAAUUUAUUGUGUUAUUAUAUGUGGUGGUGAUCACUUCAAGAGGCA